UUUAGAUAAAUAAUAAUUAUUCUAUACUUUUGACGCCUUCAGCCGGAUACAGUACGAUUGGGUGACACACACCUCGCUAGCACCGAGGAUGAUGAAUCGGCACAACAAAUUCCAAUUGCACGCUUUAUCAAACAUCCUCAGUAUCGAAUGUCGAGAAGCUACUACGACAUUGGCCUUGUAGAACUUGAGAAAAACGUUAUACCAAACAGCGCAAUUUGUGUAGCGUGCGUAUGGCGUGAACCUGGGGUUCCGGAAGACCUAAUGGAUGCGGUGGGCUUCGGUGCUCUUGGGUUUGGAGAAAAGCUGAGCCCAACUCUGCAGAAGGUAAAAUUACAGGCCCUAGAUUCGACGAUAUGUGCUGACCGUGUACCAAUCAAUCGACGUCAAAUGCCGGAAGGCUUGCGUGACGAUCAGCUGUGUGCGCAUAGUAAAACCAUGGACACGUGUGAAGGCGACUCGGGAGGCCCACUACAAACGCAUCGCUACAAUAUGUUUGGUAACGUCUUCCCACUUGUGGUAGGUGUGGUAGCGUUUGGAACUCCGUGUACAGAUGGUUCUACUGGAGUGUACACAAGGGUUAGCUCGUACCUAGAUUGGAUCGAGAAGGAAGUAAAUCAGUCGCUUAGCUACGAUGUUUGUCCGGGGCUGAACUUUUGCAAACCUAGAGAGUCUUUCUCCAUCUUCCAGGAUGGUACGAUUGAUCCAAAAUGGACAAAAAGUCGUGUUGGACUGUUGUGGAAAGAGGCCGACACGGACAUCUAUCAGUGUGGCGGGGUUCUGAUCGACUACAACUUUGUUAUCACAUCGGCGGACUGUGUAACUUCCAGCAAAGGAUCUCCAAGAUACGUAGCCUCUAACAGUGAUCGAUCUGCUAUAGAAGAAGUGUUUGUUCAUCCACGGUUCAUAAAAGGACAGCCUUAUAAUGAUAUCGCAAUUAUAAAGACACAAAAGUAUGCAAAUUUAGAUGAAAUGCAUCCGGCCUGUCUAUGGCCAGAGCAGACACAUUUUGAAAGGAGAGAUUUCCUCCUUUUAGUAGGAGUAUUAGCUCCAUCGAUUCAAAGCUAUGAGGAGGGUUUUAAUAUCAGUACGAAAAGCUUUGGGCAAUACUUCCUACGUGGCGAUGACUGCAGUGUAGGGGAAAAUAUUGCUGACAACGAUCUCCACUGCAUCAGGAAUGGUGCUAAGUUGGUGCCAGGAUGUCAGGUAAUGAUUGUUUUAGUUGUUGUUGAGUUGCUAGUAAGCAAGUAA